AUGGAGGCUAAGCAGGAGCGCAAGCAAUUGGAUUCGCGCAUCAAGGCGCUGAUUAGCAAUGGCAUGCAGGAAAAGAAGAGAAGUUUCUUCGUUGUGGUUGGCGAUCGCUCGAAAGACACGAUUGUCUAUCUGCACCAUAUCAUGACGAAUGCCAAUAUUAAACAUAACAAGUCUGUUCUGUGGGCUUAUAAGAACAAGCUUCUUGGGUUUACUAGCCACCGAAAGAAGCGCGAGCAGAAAAUAAAGAAGGAAAUCAAGCGAGGUAUUCGAGAAGUCAAUGACAGCGACCCAUUCGAACUCUUCGUUUCGCUCCACAAUAUCAGAUACACCUACUAUAAAGAGACGGACAAGAUCCUUGGUCAAACUUUUGGUAUGUGUAUUUUGCAGGACUUUGAGGCUUUGACACCAAAUAUUCUGGCCAAGACGAUUGAGACAGUCGAGGGCGGCGGUCUGGUGAUUAUGCUGCUUAAGGGAAUGAACAGUUUGCGACAACUGUACAACUUGUCCAUGGACGUCCACUCCAGAUAUCGAACGGAGGCCCACGACGACGUGGUUGCUCGAUUCAACGAACGAUUUUUGCUCUCGCUCGGGCGUUGCGAAUCUUGUUUGGUUAUAGAUGACGAAAUGAACGUUUUGCCCAUUUCUGGCGGCAAGGACGUUACGGCUCUGCCUCCCCCAGACUUGGAUGACACCAAGACUGAGCAGCAGAUUGAGCUGGAACAUAUCAAGGAUGAGAAUGAGGAGAAGCAGCCCGUGGGCAGUUUGAUCAAGCUUGCCAGGACUGUUGACCAGGCCAAGGCAUUGCUGACCUUUACCGAGGCCAUUGCCGAGAAGACGCUACGAAGUACCGUCACCCUAACUGCGGCAAGAGGUCGUGGAAAGUCAGCGGCAAUGGGUGUAGCUGUGGCUGCCGCUGUUGCCUACGGCUACAGUAAUAUUUUCAUCACGUCUCCUUCGCCAGAGAACCUGAAGACCUUGUUCGAAUUUGUCUUCAAGGGUUUCGAUGCCUUGGGCUAUGCGGACCACGCAGACUACUCGAUCAUCCAAUCCACAAACCCUGAUUUCAACAAGGCCAUCGUUCGUGUCAACAUCCACAGACAACACCGACAGACUAUUCAGUACAUUCGGCCCCAGGAUGCUCACGUUCUCGGACAGGCUGAGCUGGUAGUUAUUGACGAAGCGGCUGCGAUUCCCUUGCCCCUGGUGAAGAAGCUCAUGGGACCCUAUUUGGUGUUUAUGGCAUCUACUAUUAAUGGUUACGAAGGCACUGGUCGAUCUUUGUCGCUGAAGCUCAUCAAGCAAUUAAGAGAUCAGUCUCGGCUUGGAGCUGCGACGAAUGGGGAGACUGAGAUUGCAGACCGCUCUACUGGCAAGGCUUCCAAGACUGAGGACUUCCAGACCACUAGAAAACUUCGCGAGAUUACUCUUGCUGAGCCUAUCAGAUAUGCCAAGGGCGAUUCUGUCGAAAAAUGGCUGAAUAAGCUGCUAUGCCUCGACGCCACGCUACCCAAGAUGAAAUCCAAUAUCCAGGGCUACCCUGAUCCCAAUCUGUGUGAGCUUCUGGUUGUCAACAGAGACACUCUCUUCUCCUUUCACCCAGUCUCAGAGGCAUUCUUGCAACAAAUGGUUGCUCUCUAUGUUGCCAGUCACUACAAAAACUCACCUGAUGAUUUACAACUGAUGAGUGACGCUCCGGCACACGAGCUUUUUGUCUUGGUGCCCCCUAAUGUCGAAUCCACUGGAAAGUUGCCUGAACCAUUGUGUGUGAUUCAGGUAGCGUUAGAAGGCAAGAUUAGUAGACAGAGUGUGCUGAACAGCUUGAGCCGAGGCCAACGUCCUCAUGGUGAUUUGAUUCCCUGGCUCGUUAGCCAACAGUUCCAGGACGAGGAUUUCGCGUCUCUCUCUGGAGCCCGCGUCGUUCGUAUUGCGACGAACCCCGAGUACGUCUCCAAGGGCUACGGUACAAAGGCAUUGGAGCUCCUCGUAGACUACUAUGAGGGACGCUUUGCCAGCAUCUCGGAGGACGACGACCAAAUCAUGGAUGAGAAGAUCCAUAGGGCUACCGAUGCGGAACUGGCCAAGAGCUCUCUGCAAUCCGAGGUAAUUGCUGUCCGGGAUCAGUCACAGAUGCCUCCCUUGUUCGCCAAGCUCCGUGAGAAGCGGCCUGAAGCCCUUGACUACAUCGGUGUCAGCUACGGCUUGACAAAAGCCCUCCACAAGUUCUGGAAGCGAUCUUCGUUUUCUCCCGUGUAUCUGCGACAGACUGCGAACGACCUCACUGGCGAGCACACUUGCGUGAUGUUGCGACCUCUUGAGAACAGCAAUGAUCGAAGCUGGCUUGGAGCUUUCUCAAGAGAUUUCCACAAAAGAUUCCUAUCACUGCUCUCGUAUAACUUCCGCACCUUUGAUACCCAGAUUGCGCUCAGCUUGGACGAGUCCGCCAAUAUGGGGGCCAAGUUGGACUCUAUCGAAGCCGAAGCCUUGGUCAAGGCUGAUCUGGACAGACAGUUCUCGCCAUUCGAUCUGAAGCGUCUGGAGUCUUACGCGAACAGCAUGCUUGACUACCACGUCAUUCUGGACAUGAUGCCCAUAAUCGCCACACUGUACUUCACUGGGAGGUUGAAAAAGAGCAUCAGCUUAUCCAGUGUCCAGCAGUGCAUUUUGCUGGGCAUAGGCCUGCAGCAUAAGAAUACCGAGACACUUGCUCAGGAGCUAAACAACAUGCCUUCUUCACAGCUUUUGGCCAUGUUUAUCAAAAUCCUCCGCAAGGUGACGUCGCAUUUCGGUACCUUGGUCUCAAGCUCGGCCGAGGCCGAGCUGCCCAGGGCCAGUAAUCUGGGCGUCACUAGAGAAAAUGCCAGCAGCGCCCACGACGACGAGAUUGUUGAUGACCGCUUCGUACCUUUGACCACGUCGCUUGAUGAUGAAUUGGAGGAAGGCGGUGAUGAGGCACUAAAAGCUUUGAGGCAAAAGCAGAGAGAGCUGAUCGACUCUCUGCCGCUCGACCAGUACGCAAUUGAGGGUGACGCACCCGCAUGGGCAGAUGCCGAAAAGCAAGUCAGGAACGCGAGCAAAGACGGCAAAACCAAUCCCGUCGUGAGCGUCAAGUCAAAGCAGAAGCGCAAGGCAGGCCAGACGGCGGCCGAAGUGUACGAGGAGGUCCUGGGCGAAAAGGCGAGCAAAAAAGCCAAGAAGGGCAAGAAGUCCCAUUAG